AUGUGGAAGAGAAAGAGAGACAUUGAAGGUGUCUCAAGCGCAAGUAUAGUAGCGUUGAAAUCAACUGUAUUGAAUGAAGAAAGGAAUGCUCAGUUGAGUGCAAGAGACCCAGAUGAGAGAUCAUCAAAGAGUAUAAAGGCUAUAUUGGAGAGUAAAGAUAAGAGUGGAAGCAAAGACAAGGAUAAUACUGUAGCUGGCACUUCAAACUAUGGAGUUGAUCAAAGGAAUCAGAAGGACUUGGAUGAGUUGAAGAAGGAGGGAGAACAGCAAUCAUACGAGAGCAUACAGAGGAUAAUGGUGGAGAAGGCAAAGGUGUAUCAACAACUAGUCAAUGGAGUUCACGAGAGACCAUUGGACUUUAUGAACAUGCAUGGAGAUGACCGUGAUGACAAUGUAGUAGUGGACUUUUAUCAAAAGGUUGUUGAUCGUGAGGAUGAACAAUAUCGAUAUAAUGACAGAGAUAGAGAUAGAGACAGAGACAGAGACAGAGACAGUAGAGAUAGAGAUAGAGACCGUGGAGAAAGAGAUAGAGAUGGUGGGUUUAGACUGCCAGAGCACAUGCAUCAUCCAGACUUUGAGAGGGAGAGAAUGAGAAGGAUGUGGGAGUCAUCUACAGCGGAACAAGAGGAACAAGAGUUCAAGGAGCAACAGGCCAAGGAUGAAAAGAUACAGGAUAUGAAGCAGACUGCAGAGGCAACUAAAUUACAAAGAGAGAAACAUCAGGAUACAAAGACAAAGUCUGAACAACAGAAUCAGGAACGACUGAAACAGAUUGAGACAUUGAAGAAACAAGCAAUGCUCAAGCAACGUCUACUUCAACAACAACAGAAGAAAGUUACAUCAACUACGACAUCCAAGAAGACUUAG